AUGUCUUAUCUAUCAGGUGCCAGCACGCAGGAUGUUUCCCGCGAGAUUCAAACUGUCCAGGAGGACAUCCAGAAUCUCUCGUGUGCCGGUGAUGGGGAUGAUCAGGCCCAAAGGCAAGCACUUCUCAGCUCAGCUCGCGAGCUAGUUAACGCCCUGGAAACUACUGGGCAUGUAGUUGCUCGAAUGAGCUGGGAUGAGCCAACCAUGUCUGGGUCUCUGCGGAUCCUGAUCGAUCUCGGCAUAUUCAAGCAUAUGCUAGAAGGCGAUACCACGGUCCCUAAGCAGGCGAAUGAGCUUGCUGAGCUGAGUGGAGCCGAUCCGGUUCUGCUUCAAAGACUGUUGAAGCGCGUGGCCUCGUCGUCUCCACCGGCCACAGAGUUCAUGAAGAAGACAAACUACAGGAACCCGAUCAGCAAGGACGACACCAUCUGGAAGUUCGGCGCAGGUAUCGAUAUCCCUUACUUCACCUGGUUGCAAUCGCAGGACGACCGACUGCUCGCGUUUGCAAACCAUAUGAAGUUCAAAUCUGUUCGUCAGAACUGGUACGAUACGGUCACUCUCAACGAGAUUUUCCCGGCCGACUUCGACCCCCAAGCAGUGCUAAUGGUCGACGUCGGUGGCAACGCGGGCCACGAUCUUCUCGGGUUCCACCGAGCACACCCCAAGCAGCCCGGACGACUGAUCCUCCAAGACCUGCCAAACCAGCUCCAGCCACUCGAUAAACAAGCACUCGCCCCCGUCGAGCCGAUGGCUCAUGAUUUCUUUACUCCGCAGCCUGUCAAGGGCGCCAAGGCAUAUUACUUGAAGAUGGUCUUGCACGACUGGCCAGAUGCACAGUGCAGGGAGAUUCUGAACAACCUGAAACCAGCUCUGACUCCCGGAUACAGCAAGAUUCUUCUCAAUGAAAUCGUGGUUCUAGAUCAGGGUGCAGACUGGUUCUCUACAAGUGUAGACCUGCUCAUGAUGGUCUUCCACUCAUCGUGGGAAAGACGAGAGAAACAAUGGCGGGAGCUGACAGAGAGUGUUGGGUUGAAGGUGACUCGGAUCUGGCCUUGCGGAGGCGCGCCGGAGAAGCUGAUUGAGGUUGAGCUGGCCUGA